CUGUCCCCACCAAUAUUGGUUUUGUUGUUGGCAUCAUCUUCGUCUGCCUCGUCCUACUCAUGGCCAUCGUUUUGGCCGUUUACUUUUGCAUGCGCAAGAAGGGCGCGGAUCCAAAGUGCCCUCUGCCAAUAAACUUCGCCGACUUCAACCGUCACGUUAAGAGAAUGCAGUCGGAUGCUGAGGCCGCGAAGGAAUAUUUGGCACUUGGCAACUUGGCGAGCAAGCAGAUACUGGAAUACCACCUGACAGAGGAUCUGGCUGCCACGGUGCCCAAGCUUAACCGCUACGGCAACAUGACGCCAUGUAAGUCUGUGCUGCAACAUCUGCCUUCAGGUCCAAUUAUUUAUGUUCCUUGGCUUCUACUGGCUAGUCGCUUAAAGUUAUCUUCUGACGCAGACUUGAGUAGUUAG